CGUAACACAAAUCGCUGGCUGUGCCGGCGGCUGUGCUAGAAACCGCAUUUAAUCAAUACGUGAUAGCAAAAUGGCACUUGUACGAAACGAAAGUGGCCGGUUUUCUUGAACGACAACGCCAAGAUCGCUAAGAGAAGCCCCGAAGAAGCUGCUUGUGCUUCAUAACCGCCUGUGAUAGCGUUUGUGUUUCCAUCCCGAGAGAGACGCUGGACUGUGAUCGUGAUUUGCUGAUGAGGCGACCGGCUUCUAGUUUUCGGAUUCUUUUCGGCAGUUGAUAACAGUUUUUACCAUUUAAUUAACCUCAACGCCUUAGCAUGGGAACUCAAGAGAGCUAUGUCUUCUUUUGGUUCGUGACGUUCUGCGGUAUGUUUACGGCGUUCGUCCCAUUCGUCGUCAGAAUGGUGCUUCAGGUGAUAUCACAAGAGACCGAGAUGGAAUCGAACUUGCGUCGGCAAGUGUGUGAUCUGAGAGCCGAACUUGGAAGCAUGAACAUAGUCGAUGAGUUCGCCAAGUAUGCAAAGAUACAACGAAAGAUUAACAAGAUGUCAGAAGAGCUGGCACAUCAAGCCCAGCUAAAGUCUAUGUACACAUUCAAGGUUAGGCUGGCAGCCACGGCACUCCUCUAUGCACUCGUGGGUGUGACGGUCGCUUACCUUGUAUGGAACUACAGGUCACAGCCUGUUGUGACCUUGCCAGAGGCAUGGCUCUCACCUAUUGGUUCACUACUUGCACCUGCAUCGGGUUCACCAGGUGGGAUUGGGCUCACACCUUGGCUCCUGGUGUCAAGUUCAGUUGGGCGACAGAUUGCAAAGCACCUAUAGUUCACCUGGCAUCAUCCGCAGCAGUAGAAAUUAGACUACAUCCAUUCCCAAUUUUUCACUUCACUUGUGAGCAUUAUUGUGGGAAGAUGGGGCCUAGAAUAAAAUUUUUGUGUGGUGUGUGCAUGUGUGUUUGGCUAUGCCCUAAAUAAAACCCUCCCUUUAUUGAAAGAA